AUGCCUCACCUUCGUCGAGUUCGUCUAUUAUAUAAAACGUUGAAAAAUCGAUUUUCUACCGUUGAUGGUGCCGACCAACAAAAAGAUAAAGAAGUCAUCAUGUCUGAAGUUCAUAGCCAACGUGCUACUCGCGCUUUCAAUUCACAGCACAAUGCUAUAGGGUCUUGGUUCCUCGGUCCCCAGGCAGAAAACUUUCAUUAUCUGCAAAAACUUUUUAAUAAUGUGGCGGAACACCAAAUGCAAGCGAGGAAAAAGUACUUUUCAGACGACAUGGUAAGGAAUAUUGACAUGCGCACUGGGCAAAAGAAUUUUUUUCGCCCGGAUAAAGCACAUAAUUUUAUCGCGCUCGCAUUAAACAUGUUCACCCGAGUUUCAUCAGAUAUAACAUCUUUUCGACCAGUGAGUGUCAUUCCAUUAACACCAUUAUAG